UCACAUCUGAUCAUUCAACGUUUACAGAGAUUGACACACUUUUGUUCUUGGCAGUAUCUCCUCAGACGAGAGGUCCGUCACAUUUAAAGUGACAAGGAAGAGAUUCAAUUCUGGUUUGGGAUACUUAGGUUAUCGAAUCAGAAAUCAAGACGCGCACGCUGCCUCUGAGGUUAAAAAACGCCGACUGCAACAGUAAUGUGCCCUGUGCCGGGUAUGUUUUGGCCAUGUGCCUGUCUGCAUUGAAACAAAGGUUCAAAAGUCCUCAGGUGACUAAGGUCGACCGUUGGCAGUCCAGACAGACAGUGUCACUAACUGCUCUUCUGUCAAGUACAAUCUACAACAACAGUUUACAGUUGUCAACAUUUAAAACGGGUUCAUUCCUGUGGAUAAUUCAACAGUCCAUAUAAUACUUCAGCAUCUACCAUUUUACAUCCAUGACUGAGGGAUUAAACAUAAGAAACAUCAACAGUCCCCUGUUGAUGAUGCAACAGCUUUGAGCAUAUCUGCGAUCAUCAUGUCUGAGUAUCCCGAGGAAGAAAACUCUGUACAGCAUAUGCAGGAAGUGGACUCGAGCCGGUUGGGAAGUCAUGUCCUAUCCCCCAUCUUUAACUCAAGCUCUCCAUCCCUGCCAGUGGAAAGCCACCCCAUCUGCAUCCCAUCACCUUACACGGAACUUGGCCAUGAUUUCACAGCACUGCCGUUCUACAGCCCCACUCUGCUGGGUUAUGGCGCUCCUCCCCUUUCUGACUGCCCAUCAGUACGGCAGUCGCUAAGCCCCACCCUCUUCUGGCCACCACAUAGUCACGUUUCUUCAUUUGCAUUGCAUCAACAACAGACACGCCUACAGCAAAACCAUCCGACCAGUGGAACUUGGGUUGAAUUGACGCCACAUGACCACGCCGAAGAGGAAAACAGCAAACCUCUGGUGAAGAGGACAGCUGAUGCUGAGGAUAUGUCUGCAUCCUUCAGAAGUAAAGCUGACAUGCACUACUGUGCUGUCUGCAGUGACUAUGCCUCAGGGUAUCAUUAUGGAGUGUGGUCAUGUGAGGGCUGCAAAGCUUUCUUCAAGAGGAGCAUCCAAGGACACAAUGACUAUAUCUGCCCUGCAACAAACCAAUGCACCAUUGAUAAGAACCGGAGAAAAAGCUGCCAGGCCUGCCGACUCCGAAAGUGCUAUGAAGUGGGAAUGAUGAAAUGUGGAUUACGACGAGAUCGUAGCAGCUACCAACACAGAGGAGCCCAGCAGAAGCGACUGGUACGAUUCUCGGCCAGGACCAGAGCGAGCGGCCCGAGAUCUGAGGAGGUUAAGAGUGUCCCACGUCCUCUCAGCGAAAGUGAGGCUGUUACUAUGACGCUGAGCCCUGCGGAACUAAUAGCCCGCAUCAUCGACGCAGAGCCACCCGAGAUUUACCUGAUGAAGGACAUGAAGAGACCGUUCACUGAGGCCAAUGUCAUGAUGUCACUGACCAACCUGGCCGACAAAGAGCUCGUCCACAUGAUUUCCUGGGCUAAGAAGAUACCAGGGUUUGUGGAGCUCAGUCUUUUUGACCAGGUGCAUUUGUUGGAAUGCUGCUGGUUGGAGGUUUUGAUGUUGGGACUAAUGUGGAGGUCUGUCAAUCACCCUGGAAAGCUCGUUUUCUCUCCUGAUCUCAGUCUCAGCAGGGAUGAGAGCAGCUGCGUGCAGGGGUUAGUGGAGAUCUUUGAUAUGCUCCUGGCAGCCACAUCCAGAUUCAGAGAACUAAAAUUACAGCGAGAGGAGUAUGUGUGUCUCAAAGCCAUGAUCCUCCUCAACUCUAACAUGUGUUUGAGUUCUGAGGGUGGAGAGGAGCUGCAGACCAGGUCUAAGCUGCUGUGUAUGCUGGAUUCAGUAACCGAUGCUCUGGUGUGGGCCAUCUCAAAGACCGGGCAGAGUUUUCAGCAGCGUUCCGCGCGCCUGGCCCACCUGCUCAUGUUGCUGUCCCAUAUAAGACACAUCAGUAAUAAAGGCAUGGACCAUCUCCACUGUAUGAAGAUGAAGAAGAUAGUUCCUCUGUAUGAUCUUCUCUUGGAGAUGCUGGAUGCUCAUAUCAUGCACAGCUCACGGCUAUCUCACUGCAGCUCUCGAAUGGGCCCUGCUCCCAAAGGUACCCAGGAGACCCCUGCUGCCUCUUCCCAGCACGGAGACACAUUAGGACCUUAAUCUGAUUGCCUGCUCACUCCGUCUCUGUGCUGAAGGGUGAGCUAUAGUUUUGGGAGGAUCGACAAAGCCAGCGACACAAAAAGAGAGGAUUAAGAUUUCACAAGAUGAAAAGCACCAAUGAUAGCAUGAGCUUUUGGUCCAGCAGAUGAACUCCCAAAGACAUUAUUUUUGUAGUCCAAAGUCAGAUUUCUUUCAAAAGGUGUGUCCGUACGAUUUGUCAGGUUUUAUAAAAAACAAUGUACGUAACGUCAUAAAGUAUGUGCUACAGCGCCUGUAGCUGUGUUUGCAACUUGUAAGGAGCGAAACAUGCAUGAACAAUGUUAUGAUGGACUUAAGCAAGUUACAAUUUUCUGUCCUGCGUUUCCAUGCUGUCAGUUUACUGCUUUCAUUUGUUGUGUAACACUAGUUGACAUCGUACUGUUGUUACAUUAGCAACCAAUGUUGCUAAUGUAAACCUACACCAGCUAUGGACUGAACAAAUAAUCUGAAUUACAGUGUGGACUCAAAUCUAGACUCAAUGCCAAAAACAUGUCAAGUGAAACAAAUUCACUUGUAUAAUGCCUUUCUUCUGUCAGACUUCAGAUAAAAAGACAUUUAUGGACAUCAGUCCAGCAAAGCAGAACAGUUGAAUGUGUUUACUACAUUUAUUUUUAACAAACCAGAUUAUGGAUUUGUGUUUUGUCGAGCCUUUUCACUAGACUGCCUUUACCUUCUGCUUUUACCCAGUAAACCCCUUAACACCAUAAAUGCCUUUUACAAAUACGUUUGUAUAUUUUCUAGCGACAAAUCAACUCAUCUAUUGUUUAACAUGACAAUCUGAUGACUGUUUCACUAUGAAAAGGCUUCAGAUUUAUUUCUAAACCCCACGAAUUGAAAAACUUCUUGUACUAUUACACUCUGAUGGUUACAUUUCUGAAACCUUGACUGAAGAGCAGUGAAAAUAUUUAUCCA